AUGAAAUAUCAAAAGGAUGCACGUACUGUGGAGGGAUGUUUGUUGGAUGCCAUGUAUAAACUCGCCAUCAUAAAUGAAGAGCAGAGAAAGCAGCCGUAUCUGUUCUAUUUUCAGCGUGCUGCUAGAACCGAUCGUGCUGUAUCUGCCGUGAGACAAGUUUGUUCAAUGAGGUUGAAUUUCGACGAGAAGCUACCUGUAGAAGGACCAAGUGCUUUGAACACAUUACUCCCUUCAGACAUCAGGGUGAUGGGAAUAAGGAGAGCUACAAGAACAUUUCACGCGCAAAAGUCUUGCGAUUCUAGGACUUAUUCUUACACGCUGCCUACUUAUGCCUUUGCAAAAUUUGAUAAGUUAACUACGAAUUCGUAUAGGAUAGAAGAGCAGACUUUGGCGGAAAUAAAUGAACUUUUAGAAAUUUUCAAGGGCACUCACAAUUUCUACAACUAUACUUCUAGGCGGGAAGCAGAUGACAAAAGCUGUUUCCGAUACAUCAUGGGGUUCAAGUGUGAUAAAAUACGGCUUCAUAAGGACGAGUUUAGCGGGCAAGAAACCGAGUUUCUGACAAUACUAAUCACAGGCCAAAGCUUUAUGCUGCAUCAAAUUCGGAAAAUGAUAGGCAUGGUAAUUAGCAUCACUCGUGGUUUCCUGUACAAAAGCGACGUUCAAAGGUCUUUCGAUGCAGUUAGGAUGGAUAUACCAAGAGCACCAGGACUUGGCUUGUUACUGGAGAAAUUACACUAUGCAAACUAUGAUCGAAAAUUUAAAAAUACUCACGAAACCCUCGAUGAUUGGGGUGAAGAGAUCGAAGCGAAGGUAACGAAAAUGCGUGAAGAAAUUAUUUUGCAAGAAAUAUUCAGAGAAGAAUCACGAACACAGUCGUAA